CUUCUGUUUUGUACCUACUUUCGACCCAUGAGCGGAAAAGAGAACCCGAGACGCUUGAGUAGGCUUAAGAAGCUUUUUAAGCGCAAUACAUCGUCCUCGCCGUCUUCUUCUAGACAGCGCAUAAGUCAUGUUCACAGCUCGGGACCACCUACGAGCAGCACGGCAGCGGUCGAGGCCGAGGCUGAGCCAGCAGAACAGCAACACGCAAGCCUUUCAAAAUCUCAGGAAUUGUGGAACGCUGCCUACGACAGUCUCGCGCAGAGCGAAGAUACUGCAAAGCUCGUCAGGUCCUACAUAAAGACCCUGACGACAGUCCUCAUGACCAAGCUUUCUGACAUCGAAGUUUCAGCAAAUAUUAACGAUCGGACUAAACGACAGGACCUCAUGAGGGAGCUGGUAGAGAGUGGUCAAGCAAAGGUCUCCAAGACAUCAACUGGUACGAAUGGAGUGAGUGGUACUGCGCAAUUUAUUGUUUCUGCAAAAGGACUUGUCGAUGCCGCUGUCCGAAACAUCCCGCAGGCCGCGCUCCCAUGGGCUGGUGUCUCUAUAGGCUUACAAAUCCUUAUGAAUCCGGCCAACGCUACGAGAUCUAAUCUUGACGGAAUAGCGCAUGUUGUUUCUAGAAUGAGGUGGUAUUGCGCCCUGACCGAACACUUCUUAGAAAAAGAUCAUGUCGAUGGGCUUCAAUCAAUAUGGCUUCAUCUAGAAGAAAAGAUCCUUUUUCUUUACAAGGUAAUUCUUCUGUAUCAAAUGAAGAGCGUUUGCUCUUACUACCGGCACCGAGGCUAUGAGUUUCUUCAAGACCUUGCGAAUUGGAAUCACUGGGACGACGAUAUAAAGACGAUCAGAGCAGCAGAAGACAGCCUUCGUAAUGACCUCGAACAGUACAUAAAUGUUCAGGGAAAGGAUAUGCUAGGGCGGCUUUUUCGACAUGCCACAAAAAUGAACGACGAGCUCGGGAGUUUUCAUCAAACUCUUCAAGACUUUCUCAUUUUUCAGAAGAGCAACGUGGAUGAGAAGAACAAGCAGUGCCUUAGAGAUCUCUUCGUGGUGGAUCCACAGGAUGAUAUGAAGAAGAUUGAGAAGAACAAGGAUGCCUUGCUUAGUGAGGCAAACGAGUGGAUCUUCCAAACGGAGGAAUACCAGGCAUUCACGGAUUGGAGCAGCGUCGGCUCUACAUCACCCUCGUGUCGAUUGUUGUGGAUCAAGGGCGACGCUGGUACUGGUAAAACAAUGCUUCUAAUGGGCAUCAUCCGCGAGCUUUUGAGCCACUCCGCUACAUUGGCACCCAAGGUUUCUCACUUCUUCUGUCAAGGCACAGUCAAGUCUUUAAAUACCGCUACAGCCACCUUGAGAUGCCUCCUCUGGUUGCUUCUCGUACAGCAACCACACCUCAUGUCUCAUCUGAAAGCAAAGCACGAUAAUGCAGGUGCUUCACUUUUCGAGGGCGAUGGGGCAUUCAUUUCUCUUAAUGAUGUGUUUGAGAAUAUUUUAAAAGAUCCCAAGCUCUCUCCGGUGUAUCUUGUGGUUGAUGCUCUUGACGAGUGUGAGCAGGGCUUAGAUGAUCUCAAGAAGCUUAUGUUCACUUCCCUAAAGAUCUCUAACAAAGUGAAGUGGCUCGUCUCAAGUCGUCCAACUGUUGAUCUCAAUUCUCCAGAGAUGGAAGGCUCGUUGGUUGAACUUGAUUCCCAGAAACUGCAAAAUCCAGUUAAUGCGUUUAUUGACCACAAACUUUCUGUGCUGAAGGCUAGACCGGGAUAUACUGACGAGAUAUUGGGACAACUGAAGAAAGAAAUAAUCCGACGAGCAGAAAAUACGUUUCUUUGGGUGGCUUUGGUGUUCAAAGAACUUGACAAAGAAGAUGGAUUCCAAAUCGUCGUUGACGGAAUGUACGCUCUCGACAUUGUCGGGGAAACCCCUUCCGGCUUAUCGCAGUUAUACGACUAUAUUAUGAACAAGAUUGAGAAGGGAUUGAGACAAGACUGCAAAUUUUGUAAAAAUGUUCUGGUGGCUGCUACUCUCGCAUUUCGUCCUUUGGCUCUUUCUGAACUCAGAGUGCUCGCUCAGUUGCCAGACAAUGUCCCAGCAACUAUUAUUCGGAAAUGCGGUUCAUUCCUAGUAGUUCAAGACGAAACAGCGUACCUUAUCCACCAGUCAGCCAAAGAUUAUCUCCAGGAAAAUUACGAAUCUAGGCUCCGUCCAACGGGGAUGUCUCAAGGGCAUGAAGACCUGGCAAUGUGUUCGAUUCAAGCAAUGUCUUCAGAUCUCAGACAAAAUAUGUACAACCUCGAUUACGGCUUGAAGCCGGAGAAUAUCAGACCUCCGGAUCCGGAUCCCUUGGCUUCAAUACGAUACUCCUGCGUCUUCUGGGCCGAUCAUCUCUACGUCGUAGAUUUAAAAAGCCUCGAACAUACGGGAGUUUUCGCAGAUGAUGGAGCUUUAUCGGCAUUUCUGAGGGAGAAAUUCUUGAACUGGCUAGAAGGCUUAUCUCUCCUAGGAAACCUUGCAGAGGGCGUAGAGUCAGUAAGAAAGCUUCUGCAUAUUGCCCGGGCAUAUGCCUCUGCACUGGCAUUCACUCCCACAGCAAGCGAGGUCAGAGCCGUGCAAUGGAAGCAUAGGUUGCCGUUCAUCAAGAAGCUGGAAGGGGUUAAACCUCACUGGGAUGCGCACCGCCAGACUCUCGAGGCCGGCAGUAGAGUCAAUUCAGUGGCUUUCUCGCCCAACGGCAAGAUACUUGCCUCCGGAUUGUGGGAUAACGUUGUUAGACUCUGGGAGGUGUCUACUGGAAGCCAUAUUCGGACGCUUGAGGGGCAUAGAGGCGUUGUUUUCCCCGUAGUCUUCUCGCCUGACGGCAGAAUACUUGCCUCCGCGUCACAGGAUACGACUAUUCGACUCUGGCAAGUGCCCAUGGGAAGCUCUAAAUGGACACUAAAGGGACACAGUGCAUCAGUUGGGUCUGUAGCCUUCUCACCUGAUGGCAAGAUACUGGCCUCAUCAUCAGACGACAAGACAAUUCGACUCUGGGAUGUAGCUUUAGGAAGUUGCCUACAAAUAAUCGAGGAACACAACAAUAGGGUCAGGUCUGUAACCUUCUCGCCCGACGGCCAGAUCUUAGCCUCGGCAUCAGACUAUGAACCAAUUCGACUUUGGGACAUGGCUAAUGGGAAGCACCGGCGGACGCUCGAGGCACAUGGUGGUCAGGUGUCAUGUCUACAUGUAGCCUUUUCACCUGAUGGUAGUGUGCUGGCCGCAUCAUUGGACAACAGUACCAUCCAGCUCUGGGAUACAAGCUCAUGGAGCCAGCGGCAAACAUUGGGCGUAAAUCUUUUCUACUUCCCUUCCUUAGCUUUUUCACCUGAUGGUAAGAUGCUAGCCCUCCAGGGGCUUGAUGGUACUAUCCAGCUCUGGGAUAUAGCUACGGGGAGCAUCUGGGACACAAUAGCGGGACAUAUCCGCGGAAUCAACAGUAUCGUCUUUUCGCCUGACAGUAUGACACUAGCCUCUGCCUCAAAUGAUGAAACUAUCAGGCUGUGGGAUGUAGAUUCGAGGAACCGCCGAAGUACGAUUAAGGAGCAUAGUGACUGGGACAGACAGGUUGUCACGUCCAUGGCCUUUUCGCCCGACGGUGAGACAUUAGCGUUCACUUCAAACGAUAAUUUACAGGUCUGGGAUACAGCUACGUGGAGCUGUCAGCAAUUAAUCCCUCAAAUGGUUGCGGAUUAUAAACCUAGGAUGAUAUUUUCGCCUGAUGGCAAGACUCUAGCCGUGACGCAACCUGACAAUUUGCAGCUCUGGGAUACGGAUACGUCUACUUGGACCUGCCGGCUGACGCAAAAGGGAGCUGUGCUUGCUUCAUAUGAGACACCUAUUAUAGUUUUCUCACCAGACGGCAAGACACUAGCGACGUCAUCACAAGAGAAGACUAUCCAGUUAUGGCUCUGGGACUCAACCUCAGGGAACACCCUGUGGACAUUAUGUAGCCACAAAAUCGACUUCGUGGCAUUUUCGCCGGACGGCAAAACGCUGGCUUCGGCGUGGCGGAAAGGCAUUGAGCUUUGGGACAUGGCCACAGGGAGCCACCAGCAGAGUUUAAGUAUCGAUGGGGAAGAAAAUGGCAGUUACUUGCGUCUAGCUUUCUCUCCAGACGGCAAGACGCUGGCCUCGGCAUCAUACAAAGGCAUCGAGCUAUGGGAUACCACCACGUGGACAUACCGGCAGCGGCUCGUGGAAGACAGCCACCACUCUUUUGACUUGGCCUUCUUGUUCGAUGGCGCAUACAUUUUGACGGACUAUCGACCGUUUCGGCUAUUGUCUACGCCAGCCUCUGAGAAUUCCUCCGAAACAUAUCUGCACUUCGACAAAGGGUGGAUAUGUCUUAACGGCAAGCAAAUUCUUUGGCUUCCUGCGGACUACAGACCUUAUUCCAUGAAGGCUACAUCAGUACAUGGUAAUAAGAUCGCCUGGACAAAUCAGACUCGCGGCCUAAAUUUCUUACAGGUCACAUAG